AUGUUCGACUUGUUCGAUUGCAGAUUCAAACAAGUCGAGGCGCUCGCAUCAUCCUACAAAAUAUCUUCCGAAUCAACACCCUUCUGUCUUUCGCCGUUUCGAGGAGUCACAAGUGUCCUGUCCUCCCGUUUCCAUCGCGCUAUACCAAUGAAAGAUAUCGAGAGUUCAGCUCCAGCUGACCGAAAUCAGCAACACAAUGCGGAAGGUGGCAUCAGCACCGCUCUUAUUGAGGCGAAUGCUAGUGUCUUGACAAAAGCGAUGAUGACAAGAGUACUAGAUCUCGAGAUGCGAUGCAACACUGCAGAUGCUCGAAUUCUGCAUUUGGAACAAUCCUGGAGCAAGACCAAGAAUGUUCUUCAACAUCUUAGACCAGAAUACACAACAUCAUGGCGGAAAAUUGGAUCCAACGAAGUUGAUACAGAUCCUGAAGUGGGUGUCUUCCAGCUUUCAAAUGAUUUGUACAGCGUAUUAGCAACAGCAAAAUGGACUUCCAGGCCCUUUUGGUUUUCACUCCUUGUUAUCUUUGGGUUCCAAUUCACCUUGCUUUGCCUCUUGGGUUUUUAUCAAGCCGACCUUUACAAUACAAAGACAGCGCGAACGGUUGACAAUCCUCUAAAUGUUCCACCGAACGUAGAAGCCCCCGUCCGAUGGGCCCAAGCAUUGAUAUUAGUGGUUGCACUAUUUAGCCAAAGCGACUUGCUCGGUGGUGUGGAAAACCUUUCUUUGGGAAUGCCGGCAAGUUAUAGAGGAGCACCUCGGUUUUACAACAUGAAUUCCAUUCAAUGGAGAUUGGCUUCGAUUGUCAGGAUAUGUCAAGGAUUGAUCUAUGUCGGUUGCGCUUUCAUCCUAUGCGUUCAAUCAGAAACCGUUUUUGACGUGCUUUUGAAUGUACUUGGUCUUGGAUUUGUAUCUGAUCUGGAUGACCUUGUAUUUAGGCUUGGAAUGUUAGGAUACUUUGGUGGAGGAAUGAAGAAUAUAACUAUUGAUAUCAAACACGGUGAUUUUGUGCGGCAAAAGAUUGAUGAUAAGGGUUGCUUUGUUCGAUUUCUAAAGAAAUCACUUCAUAGAAUUGUGACCUAUGCUUGCCUUGCGAUUGUGCUGAUUAUGUUUUACAUUCUUUCAAGAGACCAAAUCGAAGGUAGAUACACAGUCAAGAAUAUUCUUGUCGAAAUUAAUGAUGAUUCGGUAGGCGGUCUCUCGAGUGCAUUGAGCGGCUCUUAUGUUGCAAUGGAACGCGAUCUCUUCAACCGAAGACUAAAAUACGUUCAAGACACAGCGGGGAGACGGAGUGGUCAAAUCAUGUAUUGCGACGAAAGGGAGGAUGGCCGCGGUGGCUGGGUGUUACUAGUUACCGAAGACGGUAGUCCUGGUAGCGUUGAUCCAUGUUUGGAUUUCACAUUUACGUCUGAGUCAACCCUCUCGUACGAUGUAUUGACAAUAGGAGAUUGGUAUUCAAGUCUGUGCGAGGAAACCACAGUCGACACUCUGAACAUCAAGGAAGCUUACGAUUGCAGCGAUGGGCAAAUUCUGGAAUCAGAUCGUGGCUUUUCGAAUGGACAAUCCGAUGGGCUAUCCGAUACACCAACCAAUGGACAGUCCGAUGGGCUAUCCGAUACACCAACCAAUGGACAGUCCGAUGGGCUAUCCGAUACACCAACCAAUGGACAGUCCGAUAAUCCAGCAGGUAGUCCAUCCAAUGGGCAAUCUGAUAAUCCAGCAAGUAGUCCAUCCAAUGGACAAUCUGACAAUCCAGCCAUUAGCCCAUCCGAUGGACAAUCCGAUAUUCCAGCCGGCAGUCCAUCCAUUGGGCAAACCGAUAGUCCAGCAAGUAGUCCAUCCAAUGGACAAUCUGACAAUCCAGACAUUAGCCCAUCCGACGGACAAUCCGAUAAUCCAGCCGGCAGUCCAUCUAUUGGGCAAACCGAUAGUCCAGCAGGUAGUCCAUCCAAUGGACAAUCGGAUGGACAAUCGGAUAGUCCAGCCGGUAGUCCAGUCGAUACACCAUCCAAUGGGCAAUCCGGUGGACAAUCCAAUAGUCCAGUCGAUAGUCCAGUCGAUAGUCCAGCUGACAGCCCAGUGGAUAGUCCGGUCAAUAGUCCAGUUUCAUGUAAUGCCGGAUACUACAAUUCUUUGACUGGCAAGUGCGAGUGUCAGUACAAUGAAACAGGUGAUUUUUGCGAGACUCCCCCCUCAAAAAAUGGAAUUUGCGAUGUUUUUUUCAACGACGCCAUGACGGAUUAUGACGGUGGCGACUGUUGUGGCGCCACAUGUACCCUACCGAAUUGCGGAGUCGGUGGAGUGGAGACGUUAUUCGGUAUGGACAUUGAAUCACUUUAUUACACGGAAAUCAGUACAGAAGAGAUUAUUGGCUUUCAGAAGUGUAGGGAUGACCAAAUGACUCCAAUCUUGUUGGAGCUUGUUCCAAUCCCAGGGGUUGCGGAUGUCUGUGUGCCAUCACUCACAGUCCAAUGCGAUGGUGAAGGUUCCAUUUUCCUCCGAACCCCCUUGGUUUGUACUGCCGAUCUGCAAGACUUGGAGCGAGAAAUAAUCAUGGUCCCACCUGGUGCUACCUGUAGUCUGACCAUUGGCAAUGCAGCAUUGACGAGUGGAAUUGCUCGAAUUCAAUUGCUUCAGGCGGUUGGGGAAGAUUCUGGCACCAACAGCCUUCUUCUCCUCGAAACUCCAGUCUUUGACGAAGUUUUGGAAUGGUCAGUUCCGUAA